AUGCUGUCGCCCUGGGCGAUGCGCCUGCCCCCCGUGUCCAAGGGCGAGCGCGAGCCCCUGCGGGGGCCCGGGCCCCUGCUGGAUGGCAGGCUAUCAGCUGAAAUCCGAAAGGGUUUCGUACGUAAGGUGUACGGCGUUCUCUCGACGCAGUUGCUGGUGACGCUCUGCAUCGCGGGGCCAGUCAUGGCUUACACCAAGCAGCUAUCCAAGCAGGACCUCCAGAAGCUGUGGGCGGUGGGCACCAUCGGCAGCAUGCUGGUGAUCUUUGCCAUGCACUGCUGCCGCAGCGCCGUUCGCGCGUAUCCAUGGGCUGCCUUGCUGACCUUCUCCGCCUUCAAGGGCCUGCUGUUCGGUGCCCUGAGCGCGCACUACUCGUGGCAGAGCCUGCUGCUAGCUCUGGGAAAUACAGUCCUGAUCUUCGCCGCGAUGACGGCCUAUGGCGUCUACUCCAAGACCGACUACACCGGCUACGGGCCGUACGUUCACGCCGCCAUGUUUACAUUUAUGUUUUUUGGGUUCACGUUGGGAAUUAUGGGCUGGUGUGGUGUGCACAUUCAUUGGAUGAGGGUCGCGUUCGAUUUGUGCGGUGUCCUCGUCUUCACUUUCAUGAUCAUGUUCGAUACGCAGAGGAUCCUCGGCGAGUGGGGUGGGCACCAGUACCAGUUCUCCGUGGACGACUGGAUGUUUGCCGCGCUGACCUUGUACACGGACAUCACGCAGGUGUUCAUGCACCUCCUGCGCUUGGUGGGGAAGCGGCCGUGA